UCAAAAGUCAACAGGUGACCAGAAACAAGCAGCUGAUUGAGAGACUUUGAUUCCAGUAGGAUGCUUUGUGAAGGCAGAUUGUUGAGCAUGACCUUCGGUGAAUUGGAGGAACUGGACACCCUCUCUCCUCAGAAGUCUCUCAAGAGCACUUCUGGGCUGCCAAGAGCAGCUGCCACCCUCACGUCAGGCUCCACUAGACACUCUCCCCCCAUUCAUCGCACUUCCCCUGAGCAGAUAGGUAGCACUGACAACAGGAGUGCUUCACUGGCGGUGUACAUUUCUCCUCUGCAGUCCUUGGGUCUCCACAGAGCUCAUUCAAGCAGACAGAUCUCUCCAGAAAUAGAGAUCCCAGCUCAGGCUCGCUCCAGUGGUGAUGUCCCCUUCUUGGUUCCGUCCUUCUGUCAGAGCAUCUGUGAAAACUACAGUGACCUCCAUAUUGGAGGUGACCAGGUUUUGCCUCUAUCAGCUAAUGAUGGCAAGCUAAGGUUCUGUGUUGAGGCUCAGCCUGCUGGUCCCUUCCUUCAGUCCUGUGAUGUUCCUUCAGCUGUGGAUGACUCUUUACUAGGACAGACCUCACAGGGUGGGCUUCUGCAUCCACUGAGGGGAGGUUCCAAUCGUUGGAGACAGGGCAGCGCUCUUGACCGGAGCUUUUUAUUCCAGGGCAGAGAGGGACCAUUCACCAACUCCCUUUUAAAUCACUACCUGGAGCAGAAACUCCUAGAUCUGUACCAGCAGUACAUGAUGGAAAACAUGGCAAGAGGACAUUCUGACCAAGAGCCCAUUUGUCCUCUGCUGGGGUCAGAGCUAGUCCUCACCAGCCUGGACCAGAUCACCAUGAAGCUGAGUCGAGAGGGGAACCUGGAGGCCAGUCUGGCCAAGGACAUGGUCUUGAGUUGUCUGCUGCGAGUAGCUGGUGACAAGAGUUCGAGUGUGAUCAGCACUCCCAUUCUGCAGAUUUCAAACGAGUCAUCCAGGGAGCAGCUCACAGAGAAAAAAGAGGAGUAACUCCAGUGUGAAGAAUCAAAUUCUCUUGGUUUUCUGUCACUAAUUCAGAAAAGAAGAUCAAACUGAUGAUUGCAUUUUAUUUUUAUCCUUUUCCUUUUUUUCUUGGUGUUGAAAAGGAGUUGUACUGUAUUUUAUUAUGGAGGCAUAUUAUUAGCAUAUGCAUGUUAUUUGUUGUUGUCAGUUUCUCAAGGGCAUUAAAGACUG